GCCUCUCGGUUGCCUCGGUGCAGGACAACCUCGCGGGCGUGUAUAACGGGGACGAGUUCGUGUUCGAGGAGAGCAGCUGGUACCUCCUCAACCUCCUCAAGCUCCUCUGGCACUACGGGCUCAACCCCCUGCGCAUGUACAUGUGGGUGGAGGACAUCCUCGACAAAUUCAUGCGGAUCUAUCGCUACCAGACGCACGACUACGCCUUCAGCAGCAACGAGCGCCUGCUCCACGCCCUGGGAGGGGACGACUUCACCCGCAUGCUGAACCAAACCAUCGACGAGGCCAUGCAGAAAGCCGGCUUCUCCCACAAGUUCAUCAACGAGGUGGUUUGUCCGGUCAUGAGAGUUAAUUACGGGCAAGGCGUCAACAUCAACGGUUUUGUAGGUGCUGUUUCUCUGGCAGGGGUGGAAUCGGGCCUUUGGUCGGUGAAAGGAGGGAACAAACUCGUCUGCUCUGGCCUGAUCUACGCCUCCAAAGCUGAAGUUAUUCCCGGUACCGUUGUGUCGAUAGAGCCGAAAAUCAGACCCAGGCCCACGGGGGACCCGGUGAAGCUCUACCACGUCACGUACGACACCGCCUCGGGGCUGACGGGGGACACGUACGACAUCGUCCUCAUCGCCACCCCGCUGAGCCGAAAAAUGGCCAACAUCACCUUCAGGAACUUCGACCCUCCCGUCCCCGAGCUCCCCAACCCGUACCACCAGACCGUCACCACCUUCGUGCACGGGCGACUGAACGCCUCCUUUUUCGGUUACCGGGACCCCUCCUCCUUUCAUCUCGGCGACGUUUACACCACGGAGAAUCCCAAACUCUUCUUCAACAGCCUGGCUGCGGUGUCUCCGGUGGACAAGGCAAGCGGGGAAGGAAAAGCGCCCGUGCAAUCGGCCGUCUGGAAAAUCUUCUCCAACGAGGUGCUCACCAAGGAGCAGCUCAAUUUGCUUUUCUCCUCCUACGACUCGGUCAAAAUGAGGAAGUGGUUGGCGUACCCCGAGUACAGCACCCCCGAAAAGUGUCCCCCCGUCGUCCUCCACGACCACGUCUAUUACCUGAGCGGCAUCGAGCGCGCCGCCAGCGCCAUGGAGAUGAACGCCAUCGCCGCCAAAAACGCCGCCCUGCUCGCCUACCACCGCUGGUACGGCAACGCCGAUAAGGUGGACCAGGAGGAUCUGCACGAGAAGCUGAAAACGGAGCUCUGA